CAAAUCCCAAGGCACUAAAUCUCUCCUGCCGCCAGCUGGUUGUAAAUCGGAAAUUUAAAAUUUUAACAAAAACACUCACAACACGCUGGAGGAACUCAGCAGGUCGGGCAGCAUCCGUGGAAACGAUCAGCCAACGUUUCGGGCCGGAACCCUUAAGAAAAACAUGUUUGCGGCGUCAUUGAUAAGUGCCGAUCAGAACGUGUAGCUUCGUUUUAAACAAAAUGAGUUCUGAAUUUCAACAUGCUGGAGGAACUCAGCGGGCCAGGCAGCACCUACGGAAAAGUAGAGCAUCGACGUUUCGGGCCGAGACCCUUCGUUUGUGGGGGGCUGCCACCUAGAGGCAGGGCGCAGAGUUGCCCGGUGACCCGUGACCCGUGACCCGUGACCCAUGACCCGGCGCGCGCUUUCUCCGUUAGCGGGCGGAGUGUGGUGGCGGCGGCCCGACCCGGGCAAUGGAUUGGGGGCAGCUGGACCUCAACCCGAAAGUGGUGGUCGCUGUUAGAAAAGCAAACAUUCAUUCCAUGAAAGAGAUCUUGAAGUUGUCAGGACCAGAUCUGCAACGGCUCACUAAACUGUCCAAUCGUGAUGUGCAAUAUUUGCAUAAAACUGUUGCUGCGGCUAUAAAGAGUGAUCCAGUGGUAACAGCCCUUCAGAUAUACAAUGGAGAGUGUCCUUUUCCAACUCAGAAUCAAAGACUUAGUAUGGGUUGCCCAAUACUGGACUUGCUACUAGGAGGUGGAAUUCCAUUAAUGGGGAUUACGGAAAUUGUUGGAGAGAGUUCAUCAGGGAAGACUCAGAUUUGCAUGCAGCUCUGUUUGUCUGUACAGUUCCCAUGUAAUUAUGGUGGACAAGAAUCAGGUGCCGUGUAUAUUUGUACGGAAGAUACAUUUCCAAAUAAACGUUUGCAGCAGUUGAUUGCCUUUCAGCCUGUGUUAAGAGCUGAUGUACCUGCUGAUGUUGUCAACAAUAUUAAGUUUGGUAACAACAUCUUUAUUGAACAUGUUGCAGAUGUGGAAUCCUUCAAUCACUGUCUUAGUAAAAGAUUACCAGUAUUACUGUCACGUGGUUUGAUACGCCUAGUGGUGAUUGAUUCCAUUGCAGCUUUAUUCAGAUGUGAAUUUGGAGCCAGUAAUUCCAUUACAAAAGCCCGAUGUCUUCAGGAGUUUGGUGCCAUGCUCCACCAUCUCAGCCACAGGUUUACUAGCCCAGUCAUCUGUGUCAACCAGGUAGCAGAUGCAGUAAGUGAUUCUCAUUUGGCUCAGAAUCAAUUAGGCAUAGUGGACAGAAGAGUGUUACCAACACUAGGUUUGACCUGGUCAAAUCAACUCUUGAUGAGGCUAAUGGUUAGUCGAACACAGAUUUACAUAGAAGGCAAGCUUCCUGAUGGCAGUGUUUGUGACUCAAAUACUGGGACAGUUCUACGAAGAAUGGAAAUUAUUUUUGCCCCUCAUCUUCCCCAAACAUUCUGCAACUAUAUAAUCAAUAAAGAAGGUGUAAGGGGAAUGAAAGGAACAGGAGUAUAACCAAGGCUGGACCUAACCUUUUUUCUCCCACUGCAGUAUUUUUCUGUCAUUGCAUUUCCAAUAAGGUUAACUCCAUCAUCAACCUCCCUCUGUGUCAGAAUGAUGUAAUAUUUCAACAUAAUUUUAUAAUAAUUUGUUGUGACUUUAACAAUUAUUAAUGUUUACAUUACCCAUGGCGGUUUAUAUUUAUGAUCCUUGCCUUUAUUUUUCAAAAUCACUGUUUUCUAAAAGCUGGCUGGUCCAGACAUCCUCAAAUUCUCUUACUCAUUUGAAUGACUAUUUUCAAAAUAGUUCACAGCUUUAACCAAAAUAAUUUGGCAGCCUAAGGCAGUCAUUUAAUUGCUGCAUUUUAUUUAAUUCUGCAAUUAAAACUUUUAACAGGAACAAAGUAGUGAGAGAUUUUAAAAAAGGAUCUUCUGAAUAUUUAUCAAAUUUUUGCUGACUUCAUUAAGUUUCUGUGCCUCAAUGAUUGUACUUUUAAAAAUUAAUACUGCCGAUUAGAUAUUGUAAAAUCACAAGUUAUUCAACUGAAAUGUCUCUUGUGCCUGAGAGGUUAAACCAAGUUUUUUUUAAGACUAACGACAAGUAAUUCUUGUAGUUGAACUGGCAAUGAAUCACAGCCUGUUAAUUGGCAAAUGUUAUAAUAAUCAUUCUGGCAUGGCUGGUAGAUAGCAAUAAAUUCAUGGUUUGUAUGAAAUAAGUUCAAGUUGACAAGUGUUCCUGUUAUUAAAAAGUGUAAUGAUUUUGCAAUUUAUAAACCUCUGCUUCACUUAGAAAACUAAUUUCUACAAUGUAGAUUGUGAAUUUAUAAUAAAAUAUUUUUCUGUGAUUUUAAAUGAUUCUUGAAUGGCAGAAAAAUAUUGUCAUGGAAUCACAUCAUGGUGUGAAGGGAGAAAACACUACAAGGAAUGUACUACAAGAAAGGGCUGUUGUACUGUAAUAUAGCUGCCCAAACUUCCCAAAGGAAUGAAAAGAACAAAUGUGUCAGCAAAUUUGAGGUGAGAAUAAAUUAUGUUGGUAGAAAUGGGUUUCAAUUAAACUGAAUUUUAAAGAAUCAGUGUUAGAUGUGGUAAAACAUAAAAGAUUUUUAAAAAUCAGUAUUCGCAAAUUCAACAAGCGGCAGAGAAGUUUUUUGAUAAAUACGUACUUGAUAGUGGGCAUGGUCGUGGAGGGCUAAAAGGCUAUUUCUGUUCUAUGUGACUCUGUGACAACAGCAGAACAAAAGAGGAUUCUGGAAGAUCCAAUAAGUCACAGCAUGUGUUCAAUUCCUCACACUUAUGCACUCAUCCCCUCUCCUUCUACGCACAGCAAGGAUGGAGUUCCCCUUGCACUUGCUUUCCACUUAACCAGCCUCCACAUUUAAUGGAUCAUGUUACAUAACUUUAAGUGAGAUACAUGCUCCCCUCCAUUCACCACACAGCUUUUCAGACGGUGGUUCCUUUGCAACUCCCUGGUUCUUUCAUCUCACCAACACCUGGUCCUCUAUCAUGGCACCUUUCAUGCUAACCUAUUCUUGGCCUCUUCCACUGUUCCAACAAGCCCAAAGUAAGCUUGAACAAGGGAAGUGGGUUUCAACUAAUCUGAGAUUGACUAGGAAAGAAUUGUAGUUUAACAUGGCGAAAAGUCACAGAAUUCCUAAAAUGAAUUAAAGAGAAUUUUUGUGUUAACAGAGAUAUGCAGCAAAGGAGUUGGUUCAGCAUCCUCAGAUGUUUGAUGAUUAACAUCUUCCAUCUCAGAACAGUGCAGCUUUUGGAACAUAAUAUUAAAGUCAACAAAUCAAAAUAGCCAACCUUUCUAAUUCUGUUGGAUGGUCUUUAACUUGUAAGGCUAAUUCUGUCUCUCUCCACAAAUGGUGCUUGAACUACUCAGGAACAGCUGUGUUCUGUAUUUCACAGCUGCAAUGUUAGUUUGUUCUUCUCUUGUCACUGUUCUCAUUCUCCUCUACUUGUACCCCCUCUAGACAGAUCACUUGUAUUUAACCGGCCUUCAACACCCUCUUUCUGUUAACACCAACACCAUCUGCCCUGUUGCCUUUAUUGAUCUCCACCCUCUCACCAACAUUUACUUUGUUCUUUCUACGCCUUUUUCUCUGCAAUACAAACCAUGUUUGUUUCCUAACUUUUGAGUUCUGAAAGAUCAUCAGUCCAAAAUGACUCUUUCUCUCCUCACAGAUUUACAAAAUUUUCUUUUUGCAAAUUUCUUUUUCCCAUUCUGACAUGUCUAUCCACGGCCUCCUCUACUGUAAAGAUGAAGCCACACUCAGGUUGGAGGAACAACAUCUUAUAUUCCGUCUGGGUAGCCUCCAACCUGAUGGCAUGAACAUCGACUUCUCUAACUCCCGCUAAUGCCCCACUUCCCCCUCGUAUCCCAUCCGUUAUUUAUUUUUAUACACACAUUCUUUCUCUCACUCUCCUUUUUCUCCCUCUGUCCCUCUGACUAUACCCCUUGCCCAUCCUCUGGUUCCCCCCCCCCACUUGUCUUUCUCCCCGGACCUCCUGUCCCAUGAUCCUCUCAUAUCCCCUUUGCCAAUCACCUGUCCAGCUCUUGGCUCCAUCCCUCCCCUUCCUGUCUUCUCCUAUCAUUUUGGAUCUCCCCCUCCCCCUCCCACUUUCAAAUCUCUUACUAACUCUUCCUUCAGUUAGUCCUGACGAAGGGUCUCGGCCUGAAACAUCAACUGUACCUCUUCCUAGAGAUGCUGCCUGGCCUGGAGUAUUGUGUGCAGUUUUGGUCCCUUAAUCUGAGGGAAGACAUUCUUGCCAUAGAGGGAGUACAAAGAAGAUCCACCAGAUUGAUUCCUGGGAUGGCAGGACUUUCAUAUGAUGAAAGACUGGAUCGACUAGGCUUAUACUCACUGGAAUUUAGAAGAUUGAGGGGUGAUCUUAUUGAAACGUAUAAAAUCCUAAUGGGAUUGGACAGGCUAGAUGCAGGAAGAUUGUUCCUGAUGUUGAGGAUGUCCAGAACGAGGGGUCACAGUUUGAGGAUAAAGGGGAAGCCUUUUAGGACCGAGAUUAGGAAAAAACUUCUUCACACAGAGAGUGGUGAAUCUGUGGAAUUCUCUGCCACAGGAAACAGUUGAGGCCAGUUCAUUGGCGAUAUUUAAGAGGGAGUUAGAUAAGGCCCUUGUGGCUAAAGGGAUCAGGGGGUAUGGAGAGAAGGCAGGUGCAGGGUUCUGAGUUGGAUGAUCAGCCAUGAUCAUACUGAAUGGCGGUGCAGGCUCGAAGGGCCGAAUGGCCUACUCCUGCACCUAUUUUCUAUGUUUCUUGUUUCCAGCAUCAGUUUUGUUUUUGAAUUUUGAGUGAACACUUGAUUCCCUUCCACUUUAUGUAUCCUAUAGAUUAGGUUAAAUACAAAUUCUAUCCUACUUUAAACCUUAAAUAUUUUUCUGUUUUCCAGUUGAACUUUUUAAAGCUCAGACAUUAACAUGAAAAUAUUCUACAGAACAAUGAUACCAUGAUACAGUUUUUUUUGAGUAGUAUGGAGUUAAACUGAACAAUUCAAAGUGUUAUUCAGAAUGUGAUUCAAGGUCCUGUACUGGAGCCUUUUCUUCAAGGAUAUUUUCCUCAUCCACCUUUUAAUCUUUUCCCAUGACAAAGCCUUGAUGUCACUACCUCCAUGUCCUUGGUGAAUACCAUUGCAAA